ACCACACAAGGAGAUCCCCCCGUACAGAUGAUGCCUUGUCACCACAUGGCCCCACGUCUUCAGUGGCAGGGAAGAGACACUGCAGGGCUUCUGAAGUCACACAAGAUUGUGGCCAGCAGAUAGGUGCAGCGACCAUCUUGGCUUUUGGCCUGGGAGACGAACAGGGCAUCGAGGCACUGCUGGCACUUUCUGCAGGUGCAGGUGGU